GGGCGGUGCUGUGGCGCCGUGCGGGAGCAGGAGCGGGGCUCGGUGCGCUCGCGCCGUUCCUCGGCCCUCAUGGCUCCUGCCCGCAGGAAGGCGGCCGCGGGCGCGCGCGGCAGGAAGCUGAGCGCCUUCCUGAAGGACUUCGACCGGGAGGUGAGGAGCCGGGUCGAGCAGCUGCGGACGAACGGGGAGCGCCUGGUCAAGGAGAUGGAGAACCUGUACGACGUGGAGCUCCUCCGGCUGCCCGCGGCGCUCCGCGAGAUGAACUGGCUGGAGUUCUUCGGUGACGCUGACCGAGCCUCAGGAGCCCCGGGCGGCACGUGGCUAGAAGUGAGAGCUCAGUCCAUCUGCAGGUUUGGAGGCACAUGCCUGCCAGCAUGGACGGAGCCUGGGUGGGGACCUGGAGACCUCAUCGCCCACGCGGCCUCAUCUCGGCCCAGUUCCCCAGCCCCGGGCCCCAGUACUCCAUCCCGGGGACAACAGGUUAUGUGGGCCACAGCCCCACCAAAGCCCGUGCCCCCGCCUACACGUUUAGAGGGACCAAACCGCCUGCGGCAGGGAGCUGCGGGCCAGGUCCCUGCUACUUUGUGGAGCCCGCCAUCACCAGGAACGGGAAGUACGUAGGCUCCGGGCGCCCAGCUUCCGGGGACGACCCGCGACGAAGACCACCGUCACUCCCGGACCAAGUGACUACCGCACCGAGGCAGCCAACAGGCACGUCUUCAAGUGCCCACCGGUGCAGUCCAUGGCCUUCCGGCGGGAGCCCCUCCGGACAGACCACCCUCCAG